AUGCCUCCACCGAAAGAAAGUAUACUUUCAAAAGCCUUCUACCCUGUAGGUUGUGCUCUUGGAGGUAUUUCACUCCCAAUAGCUCAAAAUUAUUACAUUAAACGACCUUUUUAUACUGGAAUUCAUCGACACAUUGCACUCGGAUUAAUUGGUGCUGUGUUUGGUUAUUAUGUUGAUCGGUUUUUGGACAGAAAAUGGAUGGAAAGAGAUGCUGUCAUAAGACAUUAUGUAGAAUUACAUCCGGAAGAUUUCGUGCAGAAUAAACGAAAAUAUAAAGAAAUCUUUGAUGAAUGGAUUCCAGUCAGAUGA